UCAAGAGAUCCUCCCGCCUCAGUGUCCCAAAGUGCUGGGAUUAUAGGCAUGAGCCACUAGGCCCGGCCGAACUCCGUACUUUCAACCACAACUAAGAAUCCAUAUUUCUAGCCCAGACCUUAUUCUCAGCAGCACACCUGUCUACACCAACUGCUUAGUUUGCUCCUCUUGGCAUCACGACAUCUCCAGCAAAGCCAGAGUGGAAACCCUCAUCUCUUACUCCCACCUUGAGGGGGAGCUCCUGAGAUGGAGAACACAGGUCUGUCCAGCCCAGAAGCCAGGAAUGCAUGCCCUCCGGGGCCAAGCUGCCUCCCUUUGAAAGAAUGAAGUCCCGUAAACCCAUAUCACAGGUUAAUAAUGCAAAAGGACUGGGCGGGGUAGCUCACGCCUGUGAUCCCAGUGACUCAGAGGCUGAGGCAGGAGGAUCGCUUGGGAACUGGAGGCUGCCAUGAGCUAGAUUACGACACUGCACUCUAGCCUGGGUGACAGAGCAAGGCUCUGGUUCUUAAAAAAAAAAAAAAAAAAAAACGGCUCCAAUAAGGUAAACAGCAACAGCAACAUACAUUAACUCUCCCAGGGGACCAACCCUCCUCAUCACCGGAUUGCAUGGCCAUGUUAAAAUACCGCCACUUGGUGGCGGCAUUCUUCGAAUGGAAAAUAGCAUCUGAGAUGCUGAAAUGACAAAGGCCUGGGCUUCUUCGGGUCAGAGAGUGUCAAUUCACACUGAAUCGAAGUAGGACUGGACCACAGUCAGCCUACUCUCAGCUUUCCCUUCUUAUUCGGGGUCAAAACCAACAGGCGUCUUCCCAAAGCGCCGCACAAGGGUGGGCUCCUUCGUUUUCCUGGAGCAACUCACUUGCUGGUAUCUCGGUCAUUGUCAAUCAGUCAGUCAUUGCAGGGACAGCCAUAGACAAUUACUCUCGAGCUGGUCCGCCGGUCAAUCAGAAUCCAAUCGAAUCCGUUCUUGUGGUCGGUGGAUCCACGAGCCUGUACCACCUACCACCAGCGCCCGGCGCGUUCUGUAGCGGAAUCACCGCAGGUGACGGAAUCCACGCCCCUGGGCUCCGCCCCUUCGUAGUCGCGCCCAAUCACAGAUCUGACCCUCCCAGGAGGGCCCGUCCCCUGGCCCACAGCCAGUCACAGGCCCCGUCCUUCCAAAACACUGCCCUAUCAGAGGCCAAGCUGUCUAGGAAUUACCUACCCUUUUAAUGUCCCGCCCCUAUGACGGACCCAAUCGCAGGGCUCUCCCUCCCCGAAACCCCGCUCCCGGACCGGCGUGUCUCAGGUUUGCGCCACUCUAGGCUGAAGCGGCGGAUGACGCAACCGGGCCGCGCCGCGAGAAGGUCACACGGUUCUCCAACAUGGCGGCGGCGGCGGCGCUGCGGAGUGGCUGGUGCCGCUGUCCACGGAGAUGCCUCGGCAGUGGAAUCCAAUUCCUUUCCAGCCACAACCUACUCCACGGGUCGACCUAUCAGAUGCGCCGGCCGGGCAGAGAGCUGCCACUGUCCAAAUCAUAUUCUUCUGGAAACAGAAAAGGCUUUCUGUCCGGCUUGCUAGAUAAUGUCAAACAAGAAUUAGCCAAAAACAAAGAAAUGAAAGAAAGUAUAAAAAAAUUCCGUGACGAGGCCAGAAGGCUAGAAGAAUCAGACGUGCUCCAGGAGGCCAGAAGGAAAUACAAAACCAUCGAGUCAGAAACCAUGCGGACGAGCGAGGUGCUGCGGAAGAAGCUUGGGGAGCUGACGGGCACCGUGAAGGAGAGCCUUCAUGAAGUCAGUAAAAGUGAUCUGGGCCGGAAAAUCAAGGAGGGUGUGGAAGAAGCAGCCAAGACAGCCAAGCAGUCAGCCGAGUCGGUAUCCAAAGGUGGGGAGAAGCUGGGCAGGACGGCGGCCUUCAGAGCCCUCUCCCAGGGGGUGGAGUCGGUGAAGAAGGAAAUUGACGACAGCGUCCUGGGGCAGACUGGGCCCUACCGGAGGCCCCAGCGACUCCGGAAGAGAACGGAGUUUGCGGGAGAGAAGUUCAAGGAGGAGAAAGUGUUUGAGCCAAAUGAGGAGGCCCUGGGGGUCGUGCUGCACAAGGACUCCAAGUGGUACCAGCAGUGGAAGGACUUCAAGGAGAACAACGUGGUGUUUAACCGGUUCUUCGAGAUGAAGAUGAAGUAUGAUGAAAGCGACAACGCGUUCAUCCGGGCAUCCCGGGCCCUUACGGACAAGGUCACCGAUUUGCUGGGGGGCCUGUUCUCCAAGACAGAGAUGUCGGAGGUGCUCACAGAGAUCCUCCGGGUGGACCCAGCCUUUGACAAGGACCGGUUUCUGAAGCAGUGCGAGAACGACAUCAUCCCCAAUGUCCUGGAGCCCCCAGGAUGCAGGAGGAGCCUGGACAGCUUCGGCCCAGUCGGGCCAGGCCUCUGGAAGGCCGUUCAUGGGACUCUCCAUCCUCGGCCCCGCUGGCCGCCGCCCAGCGUCCCCUUCCUCCUCCAGUUUCCCGUAUCCUUCCCGCCACUUCAGGCAGGGCUGGGAGGCGGUGCAGAUGGGCGCCAUGCCCCAGAACAGCAGCCUGAGCACGCAGCGCCUUCCGGGCUGGGUGGUGGGAGCCGAGUGUUCUGGCCACCCGCCCCCUGCCGCUCACAGUUUUCACCACCAGCAUCCGGCGCCUUCCCGCUCUUCUCCCCGCUUCAGGCGCCUCCCUCCCCCGCAUCGGAUCCGGCCCAGGCUCUGGGAUCCUGUGGAAGCAGCUCCCAGCCCAGUCCCGCCCCCUGCAGCCCACCCUCCCUCUCGCUGCCCCCAGCCGUUAGGAGGCAGCCGGUCCCAUGGUGGGCCUUGCAGUCCGAAACGUGGUCCCGCGGGGGACAGAGGACAUGGGCUCACUGCGGGAGCCGGAGUGUGGGUCCUCAUCUCCCUGGCUCGGAUUCCUUGGGUGGCACCUGCCUUCCCACUUGGACUUGGGUUCUUGGCCUCUGCCAUUGCUGGCUGGCGGCAGGGCGCCAGGGCAUGUGGGCAGCGGCUCUGUGUGGCGUGGCGCCUGUCCUGGCGGCAUCACGCAGACGCGUCGGCCUCUCAUUGCAGACUUACAGCCAGCUGGCCUACCCCAUCCAGCAGGCCAAGGCGCUGGGUCUCCAGUUCCAUUCUCACAUCCUAGACAUUGACAACAUUGACCUGGCCAUGGGCAAGAUGAUGGAGCCGGGGCCGGUGCUCAUCAUCACUUUCCAGGCGCAGCUGGUGAUGGUGGUCCGGAACCCUAAAGGCGAGGUGGUGGAGGGCGACCCGGACAAGGUGCUGCGGAUGCUGUACGUGUGGGCGCUCUGCCGAGACCAGGACGAGCUCAACCCCUACGCGGCCUGGCGGCUCCUGGACAUCUCAGCCUCCAGCACCGAGCAGAUCCUCUGAGUGUGGUGCCACAGCCAGGGAGCCCCGGGCUGGGUCAUCAGGCACAGAGGCACCACGACACCCCCUGCAGCAACUCCAGACCUCUGGGAACAAGACUGCGGGCUCUGCCCCCAGCUCUGCCAGAAGAGCUGCAAGACCAGCUGGCCGGGGAGGGGACAACGGGCUGCUGCGGGUGCCUGGCAGCUGGAGACACUCCCCCCAGGGCCGGCCCCUGCCCUGUUGCUCUGCCCUGCAGGGGUCCCGGUGCCUGGUCACCUGGGGUGCACACAGGCCACCCAGUGCCAAGAGGCCCCAGGGCCCAGGGACUCCCUCCACAGCAGGGUGGGACCCGGGACCUACUGCUCAGUGGCCCGCUGGCCACGUCAGCUAAGCCACUUUAGGUCCAUUUUUUAUUUUAACAGUGCUCUUCCAUUCUGUGCGUAAGCCCGAGAUUUGGAAAGAAUAAAACACCGAAUUGCAGAAGAGCA